AUGGCAUCCGCGACCAUCGACCGCUACCGCAAGGGUGCGGAAGUCUACAAGGGAGACUCCAUAUGCAAGAAGAAAUCGAUUGAGCUACUCGCCGAGCUCCGCCUUCCCAAGGGUCUCUUCCCUCUCGAGGACGUCGAGGAGUUCGGGCACAACCGCGAAGCCAGCUUCGUAUGGUUGAUCCAGAAGAAGAAGAAGGAUCACACCUUCAAGAAGAUUAAGAGGCAGGUGUCGUACGCCCCCGAGGUGACGGCCUUCGUGGAGGAAGGUAAGAUGAAGAAGAUGACGGGGGUGAAGACGAAGGAGCUCCUGCUGUGGCUCUCGAUCGUCGAGAUGUACGUCGACGACCCAUCAUCGGAGAAGAUAACCUUCAAGACCGGCACUGGAUGUUGGGCUGAUGGCCCAUAUUCAGCCCAUGUUAUUCCUGUUUAUAUCCUCAUCACUGGACUGUCGGACAGUUUCCCGAGAGCUGCCUUCGAGCUGGAGCAGUGA